AUGUUUUUGUAUGUUUCAGGUUUAAGGAAAGCAAAGAAAUAUGACUGGAAGGAUUCCAAUAUGGCCCUGUUUGGAUCAGACACAGACAGAAAAGUCAAAAAGGAGUCAGCCAUGGAAGAGCCCGCAUGGCAGGGUGCUGGACAGGCACCUGGGAUCAAAAUCUGGCGGAUUGUGAAAUUCAAGGUGACUGACUGGCCAAAGGAAGAUUAUGGCAGAUUCUACAAUGGAGAUUCCUAUAUCAUUCUCAAUACUUACGUAGAGGAAGGAGGGGACGAACUGUUACAUGAUGUUCACUUCUGGAUUGGAAAGAAUAGCACACAGGAUGAAUAUGGGACAGCAGCCUACAAAACUGUGGAGCUGGAUACCUUCCUUGAUGAUAAACCAGUCCAGCAUCGUGAGACUGAAGGACAUGAGAGUGACAUGUUCAAGAGUUAUUUUGAAACCAUUACGACAAUGAAGGGAGGAGCAGACACUGGAUUCCGUCGUGUACAACCAGAGGAAUAUAAAGCACGUCUGCUUAAAUUCUGUGGCACCGGGAAAAAUAUUAAAGUCACUGAGGUACCAACAGCCUGGUCGAGCUUGAACUCUGACGAUGUGUUUAUCUUUGAUCUUGGUCGUGAAUUAUACCAAGUGAAUGGCCAGAACGCCACCAAGGACGAGCGCUUCAAGGCUUUACAAUACCUACAGAAACUUAAAGCCGAUAACAAGGGCAAGAGUGAAGUGUUGGAUUUGGAGGAGGAUGAGAACAAUAAGGGUUCAUUUAAAAAGUGUCAGGAAUUGAGCGCCUUGAAGGAUGACCGUGAUGAUGAUGAUGAUGAAGAUGAUGAUGAAGUGGACGAAAGUGGAUCUGAGAGAUCGCUUUUCAGAAUCAGUGACGAAUCGGGUCACCUUGAGUUCACCCAGAUUGCUUCAGGAAAGCUCGAGAAAUCCAUGUUGAAUUCCAAGGAUGUGUUUCUGGUGGACAAUGUGACUCAUCUGUUUAUCUGGACUGGAAAGGAAGCGUCCAUAGAUGAGAGGAGAAAUGCCUUUGCUUAUGCUCAUAAACACUUGCAGGGCUCCAAACACCCAUUUAUUCCUGUGACAUGUUUGACAGAAACAAGCAAACCUGUCAAGGAAUUUGAAGACGCCUUCAAUUAGAUAUGCAGGAACGUGUAAGCUCCUUGUUGAACAAGUCAGCUGCACAGUGGUACUCCUACACAUUCAGUAGUGCUGAAACUCUAGCCUUCAAUCUCAUUUAGUAAUGUUACAUGCUUCAGAUACAAAAAGAAAGGAAGGAAUAUAUACAAUCUGAAACUUCAAUUAAAAAGUUAUAAAAGAUAAGAUGUAGGUUUUGAGGUAUAAUUUAAACUGUUACAAAGCAUGGACAUUUUUAGUUCUGGUGAUUGUAGGUGUGUUUGUCAGUUGAACUAACCAUUGUUAUACUAAGUUAAUGUCUUGUUGGUGCAGUAAUUAACACAAGGUUUGGUAACAUAUGGGAAUAUUAUACUACAGCAAAAUAUUUAUCUUUUAUUUUUUAUCUUCAUUGACGCUUUGCCCUCUACACUUCAAUUAAUAAUUUCCUAUGUAACAGUUUAGAAAUGUGUAAACCGUCUCCCACCAAAAGCUAUUUUCCCCCAGAAUAUUUCCUUUAUUAACUAUCAGACAAUACUAUGGUUACUUGCACCAUUUUUGAUAUGUUAUAUUUGUGGACCAAAUUUUGUUAUCUUUUUUAUCAUACAUGGAGUCACUAAUUCUCCAUUAUUCCUUAUCUAUCUUUGUUCAUGAAGACGGUAACUGUGUUGCUAUUCAAACUGAUACAGGCAGAUGAAAUGUACUUUGGUUUUCAAUUCAAACUGACUUACAAAAGAAUUGUCCAGUCUAUUGACAUGUGUAAAAUCUGAGUUACAUCUAAGCCAGUAAGAUGAUCCAGAUUAUAGUAUUGAGACUAGUAUCUAUGAUAUGAAGUUUGUAUUUGGAAUAGUCUGAACAGAAUCGGCACAUAAAAUAAAGAACACGGUGUGAGUGAAACACUGUGCUAUAUUUUGGCCGUCACUUUGAGAACGUACAUUAAAGGAAUACAUCCGACACCUAAACUGUUAAUCAUUAGCCUGUGUUAUGCUUAUGUGUUUGUUCUUUUUUGAGGUUAUUUUAUUUUUGGCAGAUGCAGUAUGUAUAAACAUAUCAUGUACACAAGCUUUUUUAUACUUCUUGUUUCACUUUAUAUCUCCGUUAUAACACACCAUUUUGAACAUUGAAAGUAUUACCAAAUUGAGAUUGAGUUUUGAUUCUUAUAACGUUUUUCUAUGGACUGGUUUAUUCUGUUUAGAAUUUAAUGCAUAUAUUUUCAAAGCAAUCACUUGGUUGAGUCCCAUUCAGCUCCAUGUAGACCUGCCACAAUUAGCCAGGCCUGUGUAUAUUUACUUGUAUUUCUGAUAUAUACAUAAAUCUAAUUUACUUACCUAGCAAUAAACAGUGCCUUUAUACGCCAUA